AUGACGACCUCUAGCAAUGAGUCGUUUAUCCCUGCGCUGAUUCGGCAUCCAUUCGUAGAGACCUUCACUUGGCUCUACAUGGCUCUGCAGAAUAUCCUGAUCUAUAUCUUUUCUCCCGUGCCCCCGCCUCCAACCGCUCAAAACACCAACAUCCCUCGGAAGAGGGUUGCAGUCAUUGGGGCUGGAUUGACUGGAGUGUCUUCUGCUUCACACUGUGUGGGCCAUGGAUUUGAUGUGCAAUUGUUUGAAUCACGAACUAAGGAACAAGGCCUCGGAGGCAUCUGGAGUCGAGUCAAUUCAACCUCUGCAUUACAGGUCCACAGUCUCAUGUACCGGUUCCACCCGUCUGUUCACUUUGACACCGCAUAUCCCUCUCAGCAGCAGAUCAAGGAACAGAUCAUCAAAGUCUGGAAACACUACGACCUUGAAAGACGCACCGCUUUUGAAACGCCUGUUACUUCUGUAAAAAAGAAUAAGAACGGAAAAUGGGUCAUCAACGAUGAUGAAGCUCAGUAUGGCGUCUUCGACGGUAUCUUGGCCACAGUGGGCGUGUGUGGAGACCCCAAGAUGCCUUCACUGCCCAACCAAGACAAGUUCAAGGGAGAAAUCUACCAUUCCUCGAAUCUGGAUGGCAAGAGUGCCAAGGGAAAGAAGGUGCUGAUUGUUGGAGGCGGCGCCAGCGCUAUAGAGGCACUGGAAUUUGCAGUCAAGAACGGUGCCGCUGAGAUUGAUGUUUUGUCUCGGUCAGACAAAUGGAUUAUCCCUCGAAACGUGCUCGUACAAUCUCUACUGGCUUGUAACAUCUUUGGCCAGGAGAUUUCUCUCUCAUGGAUUCCUGAAUGGCUGCUACGCAAGUUUUUCUAUCGGGACCUUCAAGACAUUGCGCCAACCGAAAAGGGAAUCUUCACACAGACUCCCAUGGCCAAUUCGGAACUGUUCGACCAGAUUCGAGAAGGCAAGGCGCACUGGUUACGAGGUGAUAUUGUCUCGGCGGAAGAGAAGGGCGUGACGUUCAACUUUCGCUCCAAGGGUGUGCCCAAGGGAGGCCCUGGUAAGGAGCGCCUGGUGGAGGGAGACCUCAUUGUCAUGGCGACUGGAUUCAAACGACCUUCAUUAAAUUUCUUGCCGGAGGAAGUUUUCGAGGAGCCGUACGGCCCACCCAGCUGGUAUCUCCAAGUCUUCCCACCUCAAUACCCAGACAUCUGCGCAAACAACAGCACCUACGUCGACGCUAUUGGAACGGUUGGCAACAUGCAUAUCGGAAUCUAUACCAGAUUCUUGCUUAUGUUCCUGACUGACCCAUUGACCCGUCCCACUGAGGCUUGGAUGAAGACCUGGAUCGAUUUUACACGGUUGAUGAAGCGUCUGGCGCCCACCGGAGCGUUCGAAUUCUUCACCUACGCUGAACUUAUUUACUGGUACCUCUUUGUUCUGGUGAUCAACCCAUUCCGUUGGAAGUGGGCGUUGUUUGUGUUCUUUGGAAUUGGUCGCAGUUUACCAUUAAUGGUCGUCGAGCAGGAGAACGCCUUCCGCCAGGAGCUGAAGAAGCAGCGCAAGCCGAAGAAUAAGGCUCAUUGA